UUCCUUGGAAGCUGAGUUUCAACUUUCAUCCCACAUUUCUCCUCAAUCUUGGAAGCCAUAGUUGAUAAACAACGAUUAUACACAAUUUUAUAUGGCCCAAAGUUGAAACUAUUGUCGUAGCUAUCUGCAUUUUCAGACAAACUCAGAUACUCAAGAAUCUGUGAAGAUCGAGUCUCCUCUGUGCGGCAAUGGUUUUCAAGAAAGUGGUAAUUUUGAUGAUGGGUUGUUUGGGGAUGUCGAAGCAGCCCACGCUGCCUGCUCCUCCAGCUGAAACUGCUGAAUCUUCAUCCACUGAUGUUCAAAUUUGUGGCUCAAAAAGAAUCAGGCUCAGUGAUGGCAGAUUCUUGGCUUACACAGAGAGAGGAGUCCCCAUGAAUAAGUCCAAUCACAGAGUUAUUGUUGUUCAUGGAUUUGGUAGCUCUAAAGAAAUGAAUUUCAUGGCUUCUCAGGAUUUACUUGAGGAGUUGAAGAUAUGUCUUCUGUUGUUCGACCGGGCUGGAUAUGGAGAAAGUGAUCCCAAUCCAAAGAGAUCAUUAAAGAGUGAAGCAUCUGACAUUGAAGAACUAGCUGAUAAGUUGCAGCUGGGAUCAAAGUUCUUCGUGCUUGGGGUGUCGUUGGGGUGCUACCCCAUCUGGGGUUGCCUUAAACGAACACCAAACAGGCUAGCAGGUGUUGCAUUAGUAGUUCCUUACAUAAACUACAAAUGGCCAUCCCUUCCUAGUGACCUAACAAGAGAUGACUAUCGCAUGGGCCUUUCUCGGUGGGCUGUUUUCGUUGCAAGCCAUGCUCCAAGAUUGUUGUAUUGGUGGUUGACACAGAAAUUGUUCCCUUCGUCGACUGUUCUUGAUAGGAACCCUGCAUUCUUCAGUCGAAAGGACUUAGAAGUGUUGAAGAUCACACCAGGGUACCAAUUGCUAAAUCAGAGCAAGAUAAGGGACCGAGCUGUGUUUGACUCCCUACGCCGUGACUUUGUGGUUGCCUUUGGCAAGUGGGACUUUGACCCGUUGGAGCUGUGCAAUCCGUACCCUCAAAAGGAAAGCACGGUGCAUAUAUGGCAAGGGUACGAAGACAAGGUGGUGCCUUUUCAGCUGCAGAGGCACGUAUCGGGAAAACUGCCUUGGAUUCGUUAUCAUGAAGUCCCGGAUGGAGGGCAUCUGCUGGUUUAUGAUUCUGAUGUGUGUGAAGCCAUUUUGAGGUCUCUUGUCCUUGGAGAAGAUCCUCCUCAAAUGUACAAACCUCAAUGCUAGUUUGCUUGAUUUUUUUUUAUUAUUUUUUUCAUUCUUGUUCAUGACAACAGUGAUGAUCUUGUAAAGUAGAUUGCAUAAUUGGUAGUGAUUUAUUUGUUUCAAAAAACUUUUGGUUGUCAAUGGAGUUGCAGUUAUUGAUGUUAACCAUCCCAAACAGAGAUUAUUUGAUAUAGAAUCUAUUCUAUCUAA